UUGUUAAGUCUGGCUCAAGUAGUAAUCCAACAGCAGCUACAACACAGAAUACCCAUUCCACUCACGUCACUGUCACUAGACCAAUGACAGACAGACCUCAUGAAAUACCCUCGGAAUCAAGCACCAGCAUGUUCUCUUCAGCAGGUCCGAAUCAGAAUUGUGAUUCUUGGCAGCAAUGGCUGAGUGAAAGUAAACAAUGCACGCGUGCAGUUGAACUAGUGAACAAAUUCAUACGGAGAUGCAUCAACCAAACUCAUGAGAUGCCUUCAGUCAUCUCAGUUUUGGAAAAUCAACUACGAUAUGUAGAUUGUAAAGGGGAAAGACAAGUUGUUGAAACAGAGAAUGUAAUAUAUUAUAUUCAACAUAUAGAUGCUGAAAAUUUCACAGGUCUACAUUUCCCUAGUUCAGAUAUGGAGAAUAUCUCUGCCUUUGACCCAGCAACUAGAAUCAGUCUGCCACCAACUCUCCUGGAUGGCGUCAACAUUGCAACGAACACAGUACAAAUUAGAAUAUUAUUAUUCAGGGAUGCAAGACUGUUCCAGGUUAAAAAUCAAACUAUUUUAAAUAAUGUGGUUGGAAUUCAAAUGGGGCACAGUACGUUUGAUAAUCUGACAGACCCUGUGAUAAUUGUGUUUAACAAAUCAUCACCGGUAAAGGUCACUCCAAAAUGUGUCUUCUGGAAGUUAGAACAAAAUGGGAACACAGUUGAGGGUCACUGGAACAAUUCCGGCUGCACAACAGAAAACACAGUCAAUGAAGUCAUCUGUAAAUGUAAUCACCUGACCUUCUUUGCUGUCUUGCUGCAAAUCGAUGGGAACCCACCAGUGGAUGAGAAGAUAUUGAAAUCACUAACAUAUAUCACCUGGAUUGGUUGUGGUGUUUCUGGCAUUUUCACAGUAAUUACUUUAAUCAUCCACUUUAUUCUCAGAAAAAGACAAAAAGAACCUUCCAUCCAGAUCCACGUGAAUCUCUCUGCUGCCUUGUUUCUUCUCAACGUGAACUUCUUAAUCAGCACAGCGGUCAGUUUCAGUAGCUCUGAUGAGUUCUGUAAAGCCAUUGCUGUCCUGCUGCAUUACUCACUGCUUUGUAGCUUUACAUGGAUGGGAAUUGAAGCAUUUCACCUGUACCUUAUGCUGAUCAAGGUGUUCAACACUUACAUUCGUUUUUACAUGCUGAAACUCUGCCUUCUCGGUUGGGGCUUCCCAGCUGCUGUAAUUUUAAUCGUCAUUGCAAUAAGCACAGACCAUUAUGGGCGGUAUUCAAUUCCUGUCAAUGGGAAUCACAACCCGACUGAGAUGUGUUGGAUAAAAAACAAGGCAGUGCAUUACGUUACAAAUGUUGCGUAUUUUGCACUUGUGUUCCUGGGUAACUCUAUCAUGCUGCUAAUUGCGUGUGUGAAGGUGUUCAGAUUGAAAGGGAGAGAUAGAAAGAGUGUAUUCACUGUACUCGGGUUGACUUAUCUACUGGGCAUUACCUAUGGCAUAGCUUUCUUCUCACAUGGACCUCAGAGUGAACCUGCAAUGUACCUGUUCUGCAUCCUGAACCCUCUCCAAGGGCUUUUCAUAUUCCUGUGGUACUGCAUGUUAAUACGAUUGCCCGGUAGCACGGUCAGUGAGACAAGUAAAAAUACAAUUCACGAAUGAAGACAACUGAAAUGUGCACCCAUCUAUUUCUAAAUCGCUUACAUCUUGCUUUGAUUUAAUUUCUAACCAUAUUUCAGUCUCACCUCUCACCGUAACUUGGAUCUAACGCCUACAUAGCACAAAAACUGUAGUGACUGCAUAUCCAGCUACAAC